AUGGCGGCAAAAUGGAGAUAUUAUAAUGUGAAACGCGGUGGCAAUUUCUUUCAAGGACGCAGGAAAAGAGGAUCAUUUCUAUCAAAUUUUAUUCCUCGAAAUAGCAUUCAAGAAAGGAAUAAUCAAGAAGAUCGAGUGGAAUUAAACGAAAAAGACUAUAGAGAUGAAACUGUAUUGAGCAUUUCUUACGGAAUGAAUUUAUUGGGCGCGGCUGUGUAUGAACAGUCCACUCAAUAUCUCAGAGUUAUGCACGAUAUUUCCGAAGAUGACCAAUUUGAAUAUGUUUUCAAAUUGAUUGAGACCGUAAAUCCUACAAUUAUUUUAAUCAGCAGCAACGUCGACCUAAAGCUUCAAAGGAUUCUUUCUGAUAAAUAUGGUGGAAGAAUCGAUGAAAAAGGAAAUACAGAGUUUAUACCAAGAUGGAAUCCAAAAACAAAUGAAGAAUCAGACGAAGGAAAUAAUGAAACAACUAUGCAAAAUGAUGAGGAAUCAGACUCUGAAGUUGAAUAUGAGGGUGAUAAGGUCAAACUCGUCAAAAUGGGAAGCAAUUUAUACAGAUUUGAUAAAUGCAUGAACCGAAUUUCCGAACUUAUAAAUGCGGAAGACCCUUCAAUCAGUUCAGAGGAGCAAAAAUUGAUAGUUCAGUUUCGAAUUGACGCGAAUUCAUUCAAUAUGGUGAAAUCACUUGGAGCAAUUCUUUUCUAUUUGGAUGAUUCGAGAUUGGGAGUGGAAAAUGCUCCGUUAAAUGUUCGAGUUCCCGUGAAAGCAAUUAAAACAUUUGUGCUGGAAAGUAUGGUCGAAAUGGACUUGAAUUCAUUUAGAGCCCUUGAUAUCCUUCCAUUGGGAAAAGAGGCAAAGGCUCGAGGAGCUGUUUCACUUUUCGACUUGUGCAAUAAAUGUAAAUCAACGAUAGGAAAGAAGUGUUUGAAGAAAUGGUUUCGGAACCCCACAAGCAGUAAAAGUGUCUUGAAAAGUCGUCAAAGAUGUAUUCACUUCUUCAUUCAAGAUUGUCAUAUGGACGUCACGGCGAAGAUUCUCAGGCUUCUUGGAAAAGUCAAAUCGCUUGAGCAUAUUUUCAAACGAUUUAAAAAUGGAUCGGCCACAUUAAUUCAUUGGGAAUCAUUCACAAAAACGGUUGCAGCUCUCACGGAAAUCAUUGAAAUCAUUCAAGAAACGCAGCUUAAAAGUGAGUUAUUGGAUGAUGACAUCGAAUUGAAGGAUAUCUCGGAAGCAGUGGUCAUUGCGCGAUCAAUUAUUGACUUUGAUGAAUCGAGGAAUGAGGGCCGAAUUACCAUCUCCACUGGGGUCGAUGAACUACUCGAUGAAUACAAAAUCUCAUUUCAAGCCCUUCCGUCGAUUCUUACAACAAUAGCUGAACAAGAAGCGAUUCGUUUGAAUCUUCCGGAUCAAGAUGCAUGUUCGUGCAUUUAUGUGCCGAUUGUUGGAUAUCUGUUGUCCCUUCCUGGAUCGUUUCCUUUGAAUGAGCAUCCUGAAAUGACAAUGGUGUACCAAACUGAUAGCGAAAUUCGUGUUAAAAAUGAAAUGACAGCCAAACUCGACGAAGAAAUUGGUGACAUUCGAAUGCAAAUUAUCGAUAAGGAAACUGUUAUUAUUCUAAGGCUGAAAAAGAUGAUAAUGAUUCGCCGACGAAAAAUUCUUCAAUGCCAAAAAGUCGCUGCCCAAUUGGAUGCUCUCAUUUCAUUGGCAAUAGUUGCCGGAGAAUACAAUUGGAAAUGCCCAUAUAUUGCCGAUGAGCCGGUCAUUGAGGCUACUGAACUCGUUCAUCCGCUCGUUGUUUCAACAUCCAAGAAGACAUUUGUUCCCAACAAAUUCAUAAGCGGUUUACCGAAUGCGAAAGUGAGUAUUUUGACGGGUCCGAACGCUUGCGGGAAAAGCGUGUAUAUGAAACAAGUCGGCAUUCUUGUUUUCCUGGCGCAUAUUGGAAGUUUUGUUCCUGCAAGAACUGCAAGAAUUGGCCCAGUGGAUAGGAUUGUCACCAGAAUGUUUACUGUGGACAAUGUGCUUGAUGGAAUGUCGACAUUUGCAAAAGACGUUGAACAGGUUGCGAAAGCUCUUCGAAAGUCUUCAAUCAACUCAUUAAUUAUAAUUGACGAAUUUGGAAAAGGAACGAUGACUGAAGUCGGAUUAUCUCUUCUUGCUUCUUGUCUCACACAUUGGAUCAAUAGUGGGCCGGAACGGUGCCCGCAUGUUAUCGUUUCUUCGCAUUUUCAUGCAGUUUUUAAAUAUAUCCCUAUUGAAUCGAGUCUUCUCACUUUCCUAACAUUUCAAGUGAAUAGAUUACCUGGCGGUCGUUUGGAUUAUCUUUUCAAAUUGGUCGAAGGACAUGUUGAUUGUUCGUUUGCGAUGAUGAUUGCCAAAGACGAAGGAAUUCCGUUGGGUGUUGUGGCUCGAGCCUGCGCAAUUUAUGGCGAAUUGAAAAAUGGGAAAGGGUUGAGUGAAGUGAAAACGAAUAUUGAUUCUACGGAAGAUGAUGAAGCUUGUAAGAAUAUGGAAGAAUUAACAUCAACUCCAGCAUCUUCUACAUUUAUUGAAAAAGUUAUUCCGAGAUAUCAAGAAGACGAUUUGGACUUUUUUGCUUCAGAGAGGAAUUUCACUCAAACUCCAAGAGAUCGAAAACUGUCAACCUUUUCCACAGAAGUUGUUCAGCCUUAUUCCGAUUUGUUCAAGACACCAAUGCAUUCUAAUAAAACUCCUGAGAAAAGAAUCUUGUCAUCAAUUGUUUCAAAAAGCAAAACCAAUUCACAAAUUGAAAAAGACAUGCAUCUUUUCUCAUCUCAUUCAGAAAUUACUCCAACGAAAAGAUAUUUCACACCUGCUUCAGCUACAAAAUCUGAACUACACUACAAAGAUGAAGGAACAGAUUUAUUUAAAACUCCACAAUAUUUGAGUCAAUCAUCAAAAAACAAACGCUUUUCAUUUUCGGGUGCGUCUCCGCAAUCUGCUAGUCAAAGCCGAACACCGACAUCUGAGAUUAUCGAUUUCUUCAAAUCACCAACUACGAAAACAUCAUUUACUCCUAGGAAUGGAAUGUCCAAACGGCCGAGUUUUUCUAUAGAUGAGGGACCUUCGGAGAAUUAUCAUGAAGUCAGAUCACCGAUAAUACGAACAUCAUCGUCGAACAGUUUGAAAAGGUCUGCCGAAAAGAAGAAUUCACGAAUCAAAUGCUCACAGGAGACGAGUUUCGGAUUCUCGCCGAUGGAUGUUGAAGAAAGGAAUGAGUCAUUUAAAGAAUCUUCACCAAAUAGCACGCUAUUCGAAAACUCGAUGUUUGCAUCGCCGUGUUCGAAUCAAUCCAGAUUGUCUGACUUUUUUGGUUCACCGCCGGAAAAUCAUGGAUCAUCCGCUUUUGAAGCAACUGGUAAAUUUCAAUUCAAUCCAAACGAGGAGUUUAAUAUUGAAAUGGGCACAACAUCCGCGGAAACAUACAAUUUUGAUAUAAUAACGACUUCUGGUGAAGAUGUUGAUAAAUCGCUGCGCAUCGAUGCCCAGAGUGCUUCAUUUUUUGAAAAUAAUGAAGAGAUCAAUGAUUACAACUUGACCCAAAAGCUUCUCGAAGCGAAAAGCUCUCAAUGA